AUGUCUGAGGGGUGUAGGGUAUUCACAGUAUUCGACUACGGGUACAUGCUAACACCUCUGUAUAUAUUUCCGGGGUCUGAAUAUGUAGUCACUGUAGAUCUUAACAACUUUCUGGAGAUUGUAGGACAAGGACAAUAUGACGUUACCUCUACAAUAAAAAGAUACAAUUCAGAUUCUAGAACGUAUGAUGAUAUCGUGAGUAAGACAGAGGUCAUCUCUAAAGGUGACCCAAUAAGAGAUAUAACACUUCAGAUACCAGAUGAUAUAGAUACAACAAGUAACUAUAGAGCAGAAAUUAACGUGGCAUCAAAUGGUUUAUUGUUAGCAGACGAUAUCGCUUACAUCAAUGUCUUCAGGGAAACAACAGAUUCCAUUUUGAUACAAACUGACAAAGGUUUAUACAAAGCUGGUCAAACAGUUCAAUUUAGAGUUAUGACUGUAAAUCACGAAAGACAAGUGGAGGUAAACACGAUGACGAUUGAUAUUUUUGAUGGAGACGGUAAUCGCGUUCGAAGGUGGGCUAAUGUAUCUGACAAUAGUGGUGUAUUUGUGGGUAAAAUGGAAAUGUCACAGUACCCGGUACUUGGAACUUGGUCAAUCAAGGUUACAGCGACAGGAAAUGAGGCGAAGCAAAGCUUUCAAGUUAAGGAAUUUGAAUUGCCAAAGUUCGACGUCACACUUAACCUUCCAGAUGUUGUUUCUGACAGUGAUAUAUAUUUAGAGGGGACAGUGACCUCAUUGUACACGUUUGGAAAAGGUGUAACUGGUUCUGUUGAUUUGUUAUUAACGUCAGAAACAAGUGGAAAAUUUAGUAAAAUGUACAAGCUCACUGAUGGCGAAGCUAAGAUAAAACUCGAAAUUACUGACAUCUAUUAUGCGUUUGAUUUGUCGCCUGGAUCACCGACAUCUUCCUCUACAUCUUUCUCAUCGUGGUGGUCUACAACAUCUGUCCCUGCAUCACGAAGACAAUCUUUAACAAUUAAAAACAAAAAGAGAACUGCAACAGCAACGGCGACAGUGAUAGAGGAUAUAACAGGUAAUACUAGAGAGGUUUCUAUGAGAAUCAUUUUUGUCGAGCAUAAUGUUGGCUUCAAAUUAGACAAGUCAAAGGGACUCUACUUUAAGCCAGGACAAUCAGUGGAUAUUGCAGGAAAAAUAACGAAUUUUAUUGGAUCAACAUUUGAUGGAUUAGCAGCUGAAAAAUAUUCGAUAAAAAUUGGUGUCUCAUAUAGAACAACCUCUAGGUAUAACUACGUGAAAUUGGUAGCAGAGAGAGAUAUGGAUGUGGACAGCAAGAACCAGUUUUAUUAUCAAAUUGACGAAAAUCUUAUUACUGAUGAAAUGUCUUCUAUAAGAACGGAGAUACUUCUGUUUGCCAAAAGAGAACAAGUUCUGCUACAAAGGGAAACCGUAACUUUUACCAAAAUUAAAUCAAUAAAUGGAUAUUUAAUGUCAAUAGAACAACUUUCUGGAUCUGCGUCUUUAAAUAUUGGAGAUACGGCAAAUUACAGAAUUUCAUUGAUUGGAGAGGGAACUAUAACGGCUUCAUACAAGGUAACAUCAAAAGGAUUGGUUGUUAAAAGUGGACCACGAUUUUCUCUGUCGGAGAACCAACCUUAUGAAUUUAGCUUGAGAUGUACAGCAGAAAUGGUUCCGUCUCUAGUUAUUGUAGCAUGGUCUGUUUUACCACUUGACCGUUUGACGUCAAGAACAUAUGAUUAUGCGGUAACAGCUUCAAUAGGAACAAAAGUUAAACAACAACAGAUACAGGAAACAACAAUUGAGUUUCAGCAAGAAUCGGUUCAACCAGGAGAUAGUGCACGAAUAAACUUAAAGUCAAAGUCUAGAUCUACAUUUUAUAUCCUUGCUGUAGACAGGAGUAUCCUUCUCUUGGACAAGGGAAAUGACAUAACCGAGGCAAUGCUUCCAGAUCUAUAUAAAAGUCCAAUUACAGAUUCCUCAAGUAGUGGAUCAACUUAUUGGACAUUUGCUAGUGGUGGUUUAUCCCUGAAAUAUUUUCGAAUUAAAGAUCCCUACUCAACAUCUACUUCAACAUAUUAUUGUAAGUACAACGUAUACAACAAC